AUUUAAACUCGCGAGCCGUUCCUUCCGUUCUUCAGCUCUGGAUCCUGCACUAUCCAUCAAACAUAACACAGAUCUGACUCGUGUUUGGAGGAGAUGUGGAAACUUUUGCUGUAGUUUCUGGACUCUGUGAACUGUUUCUGACAGAACUUGUUGGUUCUGGCUGUUCUCGAGACGAUCUGGCGAUUUUUUGGACACUUUUUGGAUAUCAUUGAUCGCUUUGAGAUUUCCCGCUGGUUUCGGUCAAGAUGCGGAGAUCGUGCGGAGGAAUGUUGCUGCUCGUGCACGCGCUGGGGCUCGUUCGCGCUCAGUUCCCGCGGGCGUGCGUGACGCCGGAGGUCAUCGGGAGCGCGCAGUGCUGCCCGUCCCCGUCCUCUCUGGAGGGCGACCCGUGUGGUGCGCGUUCUGGGCGCGGGCAGUGCGUGGACGUGCGCGCGGAUGCGCGUGCCCACGGCCCCCAGUACCCGUAUGACGGGCGCGACGAUCGCGAACGCUGGCCGCUGCGCUUCUUCACGCGAGCGUGCCGCUGCAACGGGAACUUCGGUGGCUUCGACUGCGGCGGGUGCGCGCACGGAUUCACCGGAGACGCGUGCGAGCGGCGCGUGCCCGUGGUCAGGAGAAAUAUUCUGCAGCUCGGGCCGGAGGAGAGGCGUUUCUUGGUGAGCGCUCUGGAUCAGGCCAAACGCACGCCUCACCCGGACGUCGUGAUCGCCACCCGCCGUUACUCCCAGAUCCUGGAGCAGGACAACAGCACCGCGGCCUUCGAGAACAUCAGCAUCUACAACCUGUUCGUGUGGACGCACUACUACUCGGUCAGCAAGACGUUCCUGGGGGCCGGGCAGGACAGCUUCGGCGGAGUGGACUUCAGUCACGAGGGCCCCGGGUUCCUCACCUGGCACCGCUACCAUCUCCUGCAGCUGGAGCGAGACAUGCAGGUCAUGUUAGGAGAGCCGAGCUUCGCUCUGCCGUACUGGAACUUCGCGAUUGGCGGCAGCGAGUGUGACAUCUGCACGGACGAUCUGAUGGGCGCUCGCAGCUCCUUCGACAGCAGCUCCAUCAGCCCUAACUCCAUCUUCUCACGCUGGAGGGUGAUCUGUGAGAGCGUGGAGGAGUACGACGCGCUCGGGACCAUCUGCAACAGUUCGGAGAGCAGUCCCAUCCGCAGAAACCCGGCCGGUAACUCGGCUCGUCCCAUGGUGCAGCGGCUGCCCGAGCCUCAGGACGUGGAGGCGUGUCUGGAGCUGAACGCCUUCGACUCUCCGCCCUUCUACUCCACCUCCUCCGACAGCUUCAGGAACUCCAUCGAGGGUUACAGCGCUCCUCAGGGGAACUACGACCCCGCGGUCCGCAGCCUGCACAACCUGGCUCACCUGUUCCUGAACGGGACGGGCGGUCAGACGCACCUGUCGCCCAACGACCCUAUAUUUGUGCUGCUGCACACCUUCACCGACGCCGUGUUCGACGAGUGGCUGCGCAGACACACUCCCGAUGCCUCUGUCUAUCCGCUGGAAAACACGCCCAUCGGACACAACCGAGAGUAUAACAUGGUGCCCUUCUGGCCGCCGGUGACCAAUGCAGAGAUGUUCAAGACAGCGGCUGAAAACCUGGGAUACUCCUACGAGGCCGAGUGGCCAGCUCGUCCACUAACUCUGACUCAGAUCAUCACCCUCACUGUGGUCGCUGCACUGAUCGUCGUGGCGAUCAUCUUUGCCGCCAGCAUGUGUGUCGUUAACUCACGCUCAUACAGGACCGAGGGACGGCAGCCGUUGCUAGGAGACCAGUAUCAACGAUAUGACGACCGCGACAAAACGCAGUCUGUCGUAUAAACGCUUACACGGCAUGAAAACGUAAUAUUAUCAUACACCUUUCUGAGCGUAGUAUUAUGUAUUUGAAGGUGAUUUUUCGCACAUAUUGCCCCCUAACAACAUUUUAGUUAGAAAUGUGUUUGACCAUCAGUAUCUCAUUACAGCUGCAAUAAAACAGAUCUAUUUGGACUUUAUUUACAAGUUUAAUUGUGAAUAAUUUAAAGUCUACUGGUGAAAAGAUUGAAAUAAA